UGUCCUCCCAGAACGCGCCCUCCUGCACACCCCCAGUGGUGCGCACCAGCGCUGUCCACGAUCGCUGUGUCCUACUGACACAGCUGAUCACAUAAUGAGGGGACAUGUACACUGAUCAUCAGGGCACUGAUGAUCAGUGUGGCCCCAGAAGUGCCACCUGUCAGUGUCCAUCAGUGCUAGCAGUCAGUGCUCAUCAGUGCCCCGUGCCAGUGCCCAUCAGUGCCACAUAUCAGUGCCUACCAGUGCACAUCAAUGCCACAUAUCAGUGGCCAUCUGAGCUGCCUUUCAGUGUCACCCAUCAGUGCCAGUCAGUGCCACCUAUCAGUGCCACCUAUCAGUGCUAGUCAGUGUCGCCUAUCAGUGCCAGUCAGUGCUGCCUAUCAGUGUGCAUCAGUGCCGCCUAUCAGUGC